AUGUCGCCUCCUGUAGGGACACUCGUUCAUGAGCUGGGCCGUAACUGGCUGGGCAAGGCGGAUAUUGCGGUGCAGACGAUUCUGCUAGCAUUUGGUUUUGUUGUGGUUGGGCUGCGGUUAUGGUCUCGUCGAUUACAGGGAACUUCCUGGCAAGGGAGUGACUGGAUGAUAGUUGCGGCGACGAUCUUUAUGGUCGGUCGCUAUAGUGUGGAGCUUGUUUUGAUCUUACUUUGUGGAAUGGGCUUGCAUACAGAUGAGGUUGCGAGUAUCGGGGGCCCAGAUCUCUUCGUCCAGUUCGACCAGCUCACAUACGCCGGUGAUAUCCUCUGGAUCACGAUAGUUGCCUUGAUUCAACUAUCGAUUCUACAUUAUUAUCUCCGGAGAUUCCCACAUCGAAUUAUCAUGUGGCCAACUUAUAUCACCAUGGGCCUGUGUACGGCACUGUGGAUUGCAAGCACAUUUGCUACCGCAUUCUUCUGCACUCCGCCGAAGAAGAUAUGGUUGUCCGAUGUGCAAGGUCAUUGCGGUAACCGCAAAAUGCUACAUUUGGGCUCUUCCGUUUCCGAGAUGAUUCUCCACGGAGUGAUUCUUCUGCUUCCAAUUCCCGUUACACGGGAUAUGAUACUUUCUCGAGCCAGAAAGGUCGCGCUGGGUUGCAUAUACUUUCUAGGAAUUGUCAUCAUCGUAAUCUCCGCAGUCCGAAUCAAAGUCGAAUUCGACCUGGACCCAGAAGAUCCAACCUACGGUUCAGCGCGAAAAUCCCUCUUCACAAGCGUUGUCCCUCUUUUAGGCAUCAUCGCCGCAUGCCUACCAAUACUACCGCCCGCAAUUCAGAGAGUCUUUGGGGCUUCACUUUUCUCAUCAACGGCGGACGGUAUCGCUACUAGUCCAGUGUCUUCGGGGUACUGGAAGACUACAGUGUUGUCGAAACGACAAAUGGAAGAACUCGAAAUACCAUUGGUCACUGUUACGAUGCCUCCGAUGGCGAAAAAGCUUAGUGAGCUGGCUCACGGGCAGAUCAAAAUUACUUCAGACUGGGAGAUUCACUCGGCGCGGAAUUCGGCGCGGCUGGAACGCGAUUCCAUACGUCGGGCGUGA